AUCCCCGGGGCCUCUGAGGAGGCGGAACUCCGGUGUCAGGAGUCGCGGUUUUCAAGAAGUCGUGGUCGGAUUGACAGGGGUGGGGGAAGUAGGCGGGACUUCCGGCUGGCUCUUCCAUCAGCUGCCUUUCCCGGGCGUCUCCCCGCAACCUCCUCAACUUCCCUAGUGCGUGACGCGGCGCCGGGCAGAGAUCCGAGCGGACCGGGCUCGGGCCGCGUGAGCUGCAGUUAAAAGAAGAUGGAUGCACAGUGUUCAGCCAAGGUCAAUGCAAGGAAGAGGAGGAAAGAGGCGCCUGGACCCAACGGGGCAACAGAGGAAGAUGGGGUUCCUUUCAAAGUGCAGCGCUGUGCAGUGGGCUUACGGCAACCAGCUCCUUUUUCUGAUGAAAUUGAAGUUGACUUUAGUAAGCCCUAUGUCAGGGUAACUAUGGAGGAAGCCAGCAGAGGAACUCCUUGUGAGCGACCUGUGAGAGUUUAUGCUGAUGGAAUAUUUGACUUAUUUCACUCUGGUCAUGCCCGAGCUCUGAUGCAAGCAAAGAACCUUUUCCCUAAUACGUACCUCAUUGUGGGAGUUUGCAGCGAUGAGCUCACACACAACUUCAAAGGCUUCACGGUGAUGAAUGAGAACGAGCGCUAUGACGCAGUCCAGCACUGCCGUUACGUGGAUGAGGUGGUGAGGAAUGCGCCCUGGACCCUGACACCUGAGUUCCUGGCCGAACACCGGAUUGAUUUUGUAGCCCAUGAUGAUAUCCCUUAUUCAUCUGCUGGAAGUGAUGAUGUUUAUAAGCACAUUAAGGAGGCAGGCAUGUUUGCUCCAACACAGAGGACAGAAGGUAUCUCCACGUCAGACAUCAUCACCCGAAUUGUGCGGGACUAUGAUGUGUACGCGAGGCGGAACCUGCAGAGGGGCUACACGGCAAAGGAGCUCAAUGUCAGCUUCAUCAACGAGAAGAAAUACCACUUGCAGGAGAGGGUUGACAAAGUAAAGAAGAAAGUGAAAGAUGUGGAGGAGAAGUCCAAAGAAUUUGUUCAGAAGGUGGAGGAAAAAAGCAUUGACCUCAUUCAGAAGUGGGAGGAGAAGUCCCGAGAAUUCAUUGGAAGUUUUCUGGAAAUGUUUGGUCCGGAAGGAGCGCUGAAACACAUGCUGAAGGAGGGGAAGGGCCGGAUGCUGCAGGCCAUCAGUCCCAAGCAGAGCCCCAGCAGCAGCCCCACGCGCGAGCGCUCCCCCUCCCCCUCUUUUCGAUGGCCCUUCUCUGGCAAGACUUCCCCACCUUGUUCCCCAGCAAAUCUCUCCAGGCACAAGGCUGCAGCCUAUGAUAUCAGUGAGGAUGAAGAAGACUAAUUUUCCCUCCCUCCUUUCCUCUCCUCUCCCUCUGUCCCAUGACCUUCAAAGCUCUGUUGAACUCCAGACUGUGACCCCAACACUAAACCUAAGGACAGCUACAAAGGAAAGACAGCUGGGGCAAGAGGACCUGGGACUGGGGGAACCAAACAGCCCGUCCUCCAAGUGGCAGCCCUCGCCCACGCGAAGGAGGGGCUGCACCUCAGAAGCCUGCUCUGCACCCGUUGGCCCUCCCCGAGGGCUUUGUUCCACUGUUCAUGUUCGCCUGAUCUCAGCAGGGAAAUCGUCGUUUGUAUUAAGUUUUUUUAAAAUGAGUCUCUGAAAUGUAGAACUGAUUGUUUGCCCGAGGAGUGGGCAGAAGGAGGACGUAGUGUACUGCGUAGAGGCCUUUUCUUCCCAGUACACUGCAGCAUUUGCCUUCCGUUCUGAAGCAAAGUGGCUUGCCAAGUCCUUCACGAAAUGAGCCGUGCUGAUGGGUAAUUUGUGGAGAAAUAUCUUAAUUUUGAUUUCCUUAAGGAAAAGCUAAAAGCCAAGUUACAGUCACAAAUCCCCUCAAUGUACUGCUGUCACCAGUGUCACCGUGGCUGUAGGAAGGAGGUCUGAGCCUCACUUGUCUCACUCCCUGAGGAGUUUCUUACUGGACCCAGUGGGGUCCGUGAAGACCCUGACGGGGAUGGAAGCAGACCCGUGGCAUCGGCUGCAGUGUGUCUGCUGUGUUCCUCUUCUCAGAAAGUUCUGUGACCCGCUUCUCUGGGAGCUUUUGUGAGUCUCCUUCCUGCCAUCUACCUUCAAAGGAAGGAACACUUUGAAGGUCACGAGGAUGAGGAGAGGAGCGGGACAAUACUCAAUCCCAUGCUAAGGCAGUUGAGAUUCGUUUCCUACUGGGAGGAGUGCCUGGCCCUGCUACUCCUAUUUGAAUGUUAUUAAUAUUACCUAGCCUUUUACAAAGGAUACUUUGUAAAUGUCUGCCGUUGGAACUUGAUGUCAAUCCCUUUUGGUCAUAGCCAUAUUGAAUAGAGAGAUUUGCACAGAUUGUAGAAGCAAAAGCAUAGGAAACACCUUCCUCUCUGAAGCAACAGCCUCGUCAUCCUGACCUCUGUGCCUCUUAAGAACAUUCUUCACUGGAACCAGAGCUCCACAGAGUCUUUCUUUUCCUCGGAGAGCCGUGGCCGGCAGGGACCUCCCUCCGCCGCCCCUCCAGCAAGCCACAGAGCAUGCCCUCACGGGACAAGAUGUGGUAGGUUUUCUCCUUUUCUCCCCACUUCUCACACACGCCUGGUGGUUGUGGUGCCAUCUCCGUGUUAGCUUGCCUGGGGGGAUUCAACACUUGAAUUUCCAGUCGAAGGAUGCUAACGCCUAACACCUGCGCUCACGCCUAACACCUGCCGUCACGCCUAACACCUGCUGUUGAGCAUGAUCUAACUUUCAAAGCCCUGGCCUCCUGUCUCCUUAGCUACUUAGCUACAUGGCCUAGCAGAUCAUCAGCCAUCAGUAAUCCUAUGGCUAGAUUCAGGGGAAAAUGGCUUCUGUCCAGGCCCCACCCCCUGUCACUCACAAAUACCCCUUGUGGGGGUGGAGUUUUAGUGUUUUCAGCUAAGAAAACCACAUUUUCUCUUUUCUUGCCUCUCCGCUAGGACUGUGAGCAUCUCAUAGUCCACCCCCUAAACACUUUCUGGUAACACCUGUUCUUCCGCCUGAGGGUCAGAGGCUGGAAUCGUUGCCUGCACAGCAGGACUACCUAGGUUCUUACAACUUGGAUCACCCAGGCCAGGCACGGUGGCUCACGCCUGUCAUCCCAGCAGUUUGGGAGGCUGAGGCCGGUGGAUCACUUGAGGCCAAGAGUUUGAGACCAGCCUGACCAACAUGGUGAAACCCUGUCUCUACUAAAAAUACAAAAAUUAGCCAGGCAUGGUAGUGCGCACCUGUAAUCCCAGCUACUUGGAAGGCUGAGGCAGGAGAAUCCCUUGAACGGAGGCGGAGUUUGCAGUGAGCCAAGAUGGUGCCACUGCACUCCAGCCUGUGUAACAGAGCGAGACUCUGUCUUCAAAGCAGAACAAAACAAAACCACACACACAGAAAUAAAAAGAAAUAAUUAAAAAAAUAAAAAAUAAAAAUACUUGGAUCAGCCAGAAAGUUAGAGCGUCACAGAGGCGAGGGAGAAUGAAGCCUCUUGUUAUCCUGAUCGCCUAUGAAAAUGACAUUUCUAACUCUUCUCUGGACGUGCAGUUCUUACUGUCAAAACUGGUCAUAACAAGCUUUGGCCUGGAGUCCUGUCUUUGAAACAGUUGAAGUUAGUGUUUUCCCGUGUUACCCAGCGUUACACAGUCUCAUCUUUGAGCUUACCUGCGCCAGCCUUCGCUCUCUGGGAAUUCUGCCUCCUCCUGUCUGACUUAUCCUCCCUGGUGUGGAAAGGCAGUGAAGUCUCUGCCAAAGCCCGUCUACUUGGUUCCUCCAAGUGCACAUGACGCAAGUGUAUUUGGAUAGACAGGGAGAUGCCCAGCACGUGGUUUUCCUCCCUCCCCAUUGGAGCCACAGCUCCUAGAUAUAUAGUCUGGGUCCCCGAUGUUUGAGCCCUCUUCCUCUGCUCUCAGUGGGCUGCUUUGGCAUGCCCUGUGCUUGGAACGGGACUGCAGGCUGACAGACCUCUGAGACUGCUAGGGCCAGCAAACGUACAUGUGCUUGGGAAACUCCCUUUCCCCUCUUGGUGAGUUUCUACCACCUCAGUCUAAUCGUUUUUUCUGAAAGCUAUUUGUUUGACUGAAAGCUGAAGUCUUUUAUGGUGUGGCAUAUUAGAUACUUUGGGGUAAAUGUGGUCUUAGGUGCUGGACAAGCAUGGGUAGACGGAGGAGGCUGUUGGAAUGUUGCAUAAUUUGGUCAUCUGUGCCUAAUUAAAUGAGGUUAGAGGUGUGUACACCACAACAAUGCCUGUGAUCUAAAUCUUCAGAUAUUAAUGUUUGAGGCUAUGGAGCUGUUUCCCUGAGUCCCGUACAAGAAAGCAGCCAACAUGGAUGGGCCAAGUGUGGCCAAGAUGACGGAGCCAGAAAUGCUGGCCUUAGAGUAGAGCCUGUGUAUGUGAGACGUAAGAAGGCCAGAGCCCUGCAACCAGAGCUGAGGAGGUGCCAGCGCAGCCACUGCCUUCCGGGGGGCUGGACAGAAAGCUUGCUCUUUUCUUGUGCUAGGCUCAGAAGCACUGAAGAAUGGAGGUUGAAACUUUAGCGGACUAGAAAGGGAUCGUUUGUGCUGUUGCAGCUAUUGCGGAUAGCUAGAGCCAAAGACCAUUAUUUUGCUGAGGCUUGGGUGAGAAAGUUAGGGAUGUGAGGAGGUUGAAAAUCCUGACGAAGAGAAAAAACAUGAGGGAGGUUGAGAAAACUUUUGACACUUUCUGAUCGCCGGUAACUCCUUAGGCUGCACCUGAGUGAUGGUGAUUCUUUUGGAGGCUGCACAGCUGGUCAGACCAUCUCUAGAUGUUCUUUCCACAGUGGUUCACAGAGCGUCGCUCUCCCUUCCUGGAUUAUCUUGACUGGGGGUAGCUAUUUUCAAGAGCUCCUUGCCUUUUUAAUCCUGUUCCAGAUCACUUACCCGAAAUCCUUCCAAAUCAAUUCUAUUUUGCUGCUUUUCUUUAAUUCCCUAAAAGCCAUAGCUUCUAGAUUUUCUAUCAGCACACUGUCUCACCAGAAGUUGAACCAAUACAGGUAGAAAAAGAAAGUCCCCAUUAACAUCGGGUUAAUGGUAGAGCCAAUGUUUUUAACUGAUGGUAUUUUUUUAAACUUAUCAAUAUAAGUAUUUUUAAAGGUUCUAUUUUUCAAAGUCGUAACAAUGAUUGUUCUUGUUUUCUCUCAUAGAAUAGACUGCCAUGGGAUAAAGAGUGGUCCCUAGCUUCUAUUUUUCCGAGUAAAUAAGUAGAACAUGUUCUUGGGAUUAUACCAUUAAAUGUUAAUUUUCUUGAAGAAGAAAGAUGGUUGUCUGCCAGGAUUUUAUGUUAGCACUCGGAUUGAGGCAGAAAACAGAAGCACCAAGUUUAACACUGGGAUGGCACGGGUUGUGUUCCUGGAGGUUUGAAGUGGGCCUUCCUGCCUUUUGAGGGGAAAACUGACUGUUUUGAACGUAUCCUGGAUUAGUUGGGUUGUUUUGUAUUGAGGAUCCCUAGAAGACAAGAGAGUCUUGGAAAGGGCUGCUGGCUUCGUCGUGCACGUUCGUCCCGUCACCAGUGUGAGUCCGCGGGGAGGUUUUCCUCAAGUGGGGUUCAGUCUUUCAUUUUCCUGUCUGUUAUUAGUUUGUUCUGAGUUACUUUGGAUUUUGUUCUUCAGCCAAAUAAAGGCAAUAUGGUUUUACCU